AGUUAAAGUUUGCGAGUCCCCUUGUCUAAUAGUGUUGAUUAGUUGAAUAUAGCCGGCUGGAAGACAUCUCAGCUUGACUUGUCACUUUAAAACCUUGUUUGUGAUAUCAUCAAAGAUUUUCGUGUGAAACUUAUAGUUAUUUUAGAUGAUGCUUUUUUUUUUGGUUGGGCACAAUAUCAAGAUGAUGCAACUACAGAAGAGGUCACCUCUGAGCCUUAUUUUUCAAGCGGGCACUUGUUUUUUCCCAGUUUGUUCAGCCUGUCCUCUCAGGAUUCCUUAAACAAGUCUGAAUGAAAAAUUCGAGUUGAUUUUUUACCAGCAGCGAAGGAGAAGGUGAAGCUGCCUAGAAGUUCAGCUGACUGGUUCGUGAUAGUAUGCAACUCACUUCAGGCAACUUCCUAGAAGGUUCGAUUGUCAUUUUCUAAAUAGAAAAAUAGAAUUAUUGCAAGGAAGGCAACCUCCUGGUAGGAUUGAUUGACACUUGGAGCACAAUGCAGUUUUCGCCAAUCCACAUUCUCUGCAUUUUCUUGGGAUACUGGUAGUCAGGCGCACCAAUAGAAUAAGUCCAAGCGAGGGCGACAUGCAUGGACCAGUUCUGGCACAACUGUUGGACAUCGUCACAAGGAUAGUCAAGUUUAGGCAUCGUUCACAUGAUAGAUCAAUACUCCAAGUUCAUGAAUUCCACUUCUAUAUAUAUUGCUGCUUUGCAAUGACCAGCCUCUGCCCAUACCACUUGACAUCUUCUCCCGUAUCCUGAAGCCUCACACACAGUGCAUAGGACUAUUCGGAUUGCUUGAUUGUGGGAAAGAAGAUCCCACUACCAAUGGAGAGGGUGAUGGUGAGCGCUGUGACAGGAGUGAUUUCACCACUCCUGCGCAAGCUCACGGCCUUGCUGGAGAAGAAGUACAAGCUGUCCAAAGAUGUGAAGAAGGAGAUCACCUCUUUGAAAGAUGAGAUGAGCUCUAUGAGUGCUCUGCUCGUGACGCUGUCUAGGACCGAGGAGCUCGAUGAGCAACAGAAGGACUGGCGUGACAAGGUCCGUGAGCUGUCUUAUGGUAUGGAAGACUGCAUCGACAUAUUCAUGAAUGAUCUUGAUAGUGCUGAUGCCAAGGCUGGGCUUUUGGGUGGACUAAAGAAGCUCAAGGCUCACUACAAGAUUGCUAACAGGAUCGAAGAACUGAAGGCAAAGGUCUUGGAAGCAAGCGAUCGUCACAAUAGAUAUAAGCUUGAUGAGCAUAUUGGUUCUUCUCGGGGCCCUGAAGCUAUUGACCCUCGUGUACAGGCACUCUACACCGAGGCCAGUAGCCUUGUAGGCAUAGAUCGCCCAAAGGACAAGCUUAUCGAGUUGCUGAUGAUGGAGGAGAAUGCACCACGACUUCAUGUGGUAUCAGUUGUUGGAUUUGGAGGCAUGGGCAAGACAACUCUUGCCAAACAAGUUCAUGAUAAAAUCAAAAGCCAAUUUGAUUGUACAGCCUUUGUAUCGGUGUCUCAAAAUCCCAAUCUUGUCAAGGUAUUGUCAGAUAUACUCUCUGGAGUUUGGGGGCAGGUGCCUUCUUUCCUGAAUGAAGAGCGCCAACUGAUCGACAAACUUAGGGAAGUUCUCCAAAACAAAAGGUACCUCAUCGUCAUUGAUGAUAUAUGGACAAUGGAAGCCUGGAACAUUAUCAAAUGUUCUUUGAUGGAGAAUAAUAAUGGCAGUAGAGUUAUAACAACUACACGUAUUGAAGAUGUAGCUCAGGCAUGUUCUUGUUCACAUGGCCAUGUUUACAAGAUCAAACCUCUUAAUGAUCUUGACUCAAGGAGAUUAUUCCAUAGAAGGAUUUUCCCCUCUGAAGAUGCUUGUCCUGAGAAACUAAUGAAUGUUUCUGAUGAAAUUCUAAAGAAAUGUCAAGGGGUUCCACUAGCCAUACUGAGUGUAGCCAGCCUUUUGGCUAAUCAUAAGGAGGUAAAUUCAAAGGAAUUCUGGGAAAGGAUACAAAAUUAUUUAAGCUUACAAUUGGAAGGAAACCCUGCUUUAGAAUGGAUGCGACAUGUCCUUAAUCUUGGAUACAACUAUUUAUCUCUGGAUCUUAAGACCUGCAUGCUAUAUCUCGGUAUAUUUCCUGAAGAUUCUGAAAUAAGAAAGGAUGAUUUGGUUAAGAGGUGGAUCGCCGAGGGUUUUGUGGGUCUAGAGGAGAUUGCAGAAAAUUAUUUUAGCGAGCUCAUCAAUAAAAACAUGAUCCAAAUAGCCGAGUUUGAUGACUGUGGGAAUGUGUUGUCUUGUCGAGUGCAUGAUCUAAUGCUUGACUUUAUCAUACUGAAGUCCACAGAAGAAAACUUUUUCACCGUAACUAAGGAAUCUCCUGUAAUUACCAUGAAAGGCUCCAUGGAAGUUCGCCGACUGUCCCUCCAACUCAGAAAUACAGAAUGCAAUCAUGUGCUAGGGAACAUUGCUCUGGCCCAAGUUAGGUCAUUUAACUUUUGGGGACCUGGUCAAUGUAUGCCUUCUCUCUCGAGGUUUCAACUUGUGCGAGUUCUGCAUCUUGAUGUGUAUGAUUCCAAGGAAGAGCAGUAUGAUCUGCCUUCGAUACGCAGUUUGUUCCUACUGACAUAUUUGAGGAUCAGAGGUUUGAAGUGUGAUGAACUGCUAAAACAAUUGCAAACACUGAAACAUUUGAAGUCAUUGGAGAUAGUCGGUGGAGGAAAUCGUGGAGAGCUAGAUGUUCGCUACUUACCCUCAAUGUUGUGGCAUCUCAUUGUUCCUAAAAAUUUGACUUUGUUCGGUGAGAUUGGCAGGAUGGAAGCCCUCCGUACUCUGUAUCAACCCUUCAUUAUACAUGUGGAGAUCUUGAAGGGACUCGGUAAUCUGAAGAACUUAAGGGAGUUGAAGCUAUAUCUCUUUGUAUUCAGUGAUUUUGAAGAUGCCCUACUCCCUUCGCUCUGUAGGCUCGACAGCCUUCGAUCCCUAACCACCGAUGGGUACACCUUAGGAUAUGAUUGUUUGACUUAUUGGAACCCACCUCCGCGCCAUCUUCAUAGACUGCAUGUACUGAACUGCCCCUUCUCCGUGGUCCCCGAUUGGAUUUUGCAACUCGAAAAUCUCAAAAGCUUGGAGAUGCAACUUGUAUCACUGCCAAGGGUUUGUGUCGAGGUUCUUGCCAGUCUGACCUCGCUGGUGCACCUUAUACUGCGUGUCAAGGGCAGUGUAAGGGAUCAUGCUACCGAAGAUGUCGUCGUUGUUGUCCGUGGUGCAUUGUUCCCAAACCUCAAGAAUCUUGUCUUCGCAUAUGAAGUGCCUUGCCUCACGUUCGAGGCAGGGGCUAUGCCAAGGCUUCAGAACCUCACUAUAGAGUGUUGUGCACAAGCAGUGCGUCAAGCCGAUGCUGUACUCGAUGGCAUCGAGCACCUGGGGAGCCUCAGGGCGUGCAAGGUGCAUAUUUACAAGUGUGCCAACCUCUUCAGGGAGAGUUUUGAUAGGUUUGCUACUGUGGCACAAGGAGGGGAACACGUAUUUCAGGAGGAGGCUCCACACAUGCAGGUGCAGAGUCUUCGGGCUGCUAUCAGCGAGGCGAUCAACAAGCACCCAGGAAAUCCCAGUGUCAGCAUUGUAACUUUUUGAUAGUGCAAUCAAGCGAAGGAGAUGGGAGGAAGCGCCCAAGUCAAAAUGGUGUUGUUCUUGUGUAUCAACCGGUUGCGAUGUGAGCAGAUGGAAGCUGGGACCAAGUGUUUGGAGUGUUGGGCUGCAGUACAAGGAGCAAAAGGAAGCUGAUUUGGUGUUACGAGGGAGUUUAUGUCCCAAUCUGAAUGAUGAUUGUGUAAUAAUCUUUCUCGUGCUAAGUUGAUAUGGUGUGGUCUAUCAUGUGUUGAGCUUGUAAUUCUUUAUAGCUAUGACACUAAUAAACAUUGGGUUGUGUGCCUUGUACUGCAGCCCAAGAGGAUUUUUUCAUUCUUAUCAAUACAUGGUUCACCUUUUCUAUCAA